AUGGAACACAUGCCCAACGAGCAGGACUCUAACCCAUCAGAGGGAGAAGAGAAACGGUGGCUCAAUGGCCCGAAGAGGAAGAGAAAGAACAGCCAGUGUUCGGUGAAGAGCGUGUCUGGCCUCUACAGCAACACGGUUGAGAUGCAGAUUGAUGGGUACAUACCUAGCUACCUGGAGAAGGAUGAGCCGUGUGUGGUGUGUGGGGACAAAGCUACAGGCUAUCACUACCGCUGCAUCACCUGUGAGGGCUGCAAGGGUUUUUUCCGUAGGACCAUUCAAAAGAACCUCCACCCCACGUACUCCUGCAAGUACGAUGGCUGCUGCAUCAUCGACAAGAUCACACGCAACCAGUGUCAGCUGUGUCGCUUCAAGAAGUGCAUCGCAGUGGGCAUGGCCAUGGACUUGGUGCUGGACGACUCGAAGCGCGUGGCCAAGAGGCGUCUCAUCGAGGAGAACCGCGAGAAAAGGAAGAAGGAGGAGAUGGUGAAGUCGCUGCAGGUCCGUCCAGAGCCCACGGGGGACGAGUGGGAGCUGAUCCGGCACGUCACCGAGGCCCACCGGCACACCAACGCUCAGGGCGCACACUGGAAACAGAAGCGCAAAUUCCUGCCAGAGAAAAUUGGCCAGUCCCCCAUCGCCCCCUCGUCGGACGGAGACAAAGUGGACCUGGAGGCCUUCGGCGAGUUCACCAAGAUCAUCACUCCCGCCAUCACACGUGUCGUUGACUUUGCCAAAAAACUGCCCAUGUUCUCAGAGCUGCCUUGUGAGGACCAGAUCAUCCUGUUGAAGGGCUGCUGUAUGGAGAUCAUGUCUUUGCGAGCCGCCAUGCGCUACGACCCCGAGAGUGAGACGCUGACCCUGAGCGGAGAGAUGGCCGUGAAGAGGGAGCAGCUGAAGAACGGAGGCCUGGGCGUGGUGUCGGACGCCAUCUUUGAUCUGGGCAAAAGCCUGGCGCAGUUCAACCUGGACGACACAGAGGUGGCGCUGUUACAGGCCGUGCUGCUCAUGAGUUCAGAUCGCUCUGGCCUCACGUCCAUGGACAAGAUUGAGAAAUGUCAGGAAACCUACCUGCUGGCGUUUGAGCACUACAUCAACUACAGAAAGCACAACAUUCCCCACUUCUGGCCCAAGCUCUUGAUGAAAGUGACCGACCUGCGCAUGAUCGGAGCCUGCCACGCCAGCCGCUUCCUCCACAUGAAGGUGGAAUGUCCAAACGAACUCUUCCCACCCCUCUUCCUGGAAGUCUUCGAGGACCAGGAAGUUUGA